AAAACAUGGCAAACUGCUUCAUCCGAUGCUGUCGAGUGGUUAAGCACUUGCCUGUUCGUGUCAUCUGUAUUUUGGUUUUCAUCCUUCACACCAGUGUUGUGGAUUACUAUCUAGUGGAACACAAGGGGAACACACUGUUAUGGUUCCUCGUAGCAGAUAUCGUAAUUUUUUGUCUAUUCGUUGCAUCGUUUAUUGUAUCAUUUCAAAGUAUCAGACAACCUAACACAGACUCUACAAAGGAAAAAGUGGCCGGUUGGCUCAGUGUGGCUUCAUGGUCCAUUUAUGCUGUCAUAGUGGCCAGUAAGUCUGGAAUUAUUUUCAUUGACUUUGCAGAUGACCUUGACGAAAGUAACUUUUUUGGUCCAAACACACUGAAAACUGCCUUAGCCUUAACCGGAGUAGUGUUUCUGCUUCACCUUUCAUCACUUCAUGACGCCAAGCCGGGUUCUAAGAGGAGAGCAUACAUUGACGAGUUGGCGGGUACAGUAAUUUUUGACGUCAUGGACUGUGUAGACAGCAUGGAACCAUUGUUCAUCAAAGAGGACCGAGAGUCUUUCCCACCAGGUCUCGUGGAUGCCAUAGUUGCGAUAGCGUGUUUGAAUUUUGUUAUACCUACAAUUCCUCUUCUCACGCUUUCACACAGCAAGUUCGGCCACGCAAUGCUUUCUCGUCGUCUCGUUAUGAUACACAAGAUUCUUUUGGCAUACAUUAUCAACCUGCCUCUUUUAACCAUGAGAAUGAUUUUAUGGCACGGGCUAAAUCACGGCGUCUCUAUUUUUUCCUUAAAGAAUGUGAUUGUGAUCGGCGUGUUAACAUACGACUUUUAUGAGCAUCAUGAAGCUGAUAUGGACGAACCAGAUAAACCCAACCAAGUCAAAAAAGCAGAGGAAACAUUUUCAGGAGAAGAGUACAGUCUUGAAAACCGUUUUAAUUAUGAAUGACCUUCUGCUCGGUCGACAGGGGAUGCUUACUCCUCCUGGUAUAUCCAGGGGUCCGUGUUUGCCCAGCUCUCUGUGUUGUGUUGCUUAUGGGGGUUGUGAGAUCUUCACCUUUCACUAACUGAAAUAGUUUACGAUCAUAUAUCAGAUAGUGGCUCAGCUUGUGUUAGAAUUUAGAUUGUACCGCAUUUACUCACUAAAAUAUGCCGCGAUCAACUCUGCUGGACUCGAAGAUAAUAGCCCAGCUUGUGUUAGAAUUUAGAUUGUACCGCAUUUACUCACUAAAAUAUGCCGCGAUCAACUCUGCUGGACUCGAAGAUAAUAGCCCAGCUUGUGUUAGAAUUUAGAUUGUACCGCGGCUGUGGUCGUAUACGGACUAUGGAAUGAUCCGUGAAAUAUAGAAACUUCUGGAUUCCAACAGGCGAAAUAGUAGCUAGUGACGUAUAGAAUGACAUCAUCAUUACAGGGUAGUGCGUAGAUAAACUAGCAAAUUCUGUUCUUUACCAUUUAGAAGUCACUUCUUAACUGAAUAAAAUAGGAGUGUAUAUUUUAUAUAAGUUUCACAAUCUGGUACUGAUUG